GUUACUAUCAUCUCUCAAUAAUUGGGGUCAGACCGAAGUUGGGAUUAGCAAUCAUGGGCCUGGUUAACGUUUUGAUGGUUGGAACUGGAGAGUACACUACCGGCUGGGUUGGCACCGGGGGGUCUACAUCCGACAAGAAGGUAGGCGUAGUGGGUCUCACCCUCUUUGACCUCCGCCGUCGCGGAAAAGUCGGGGAGCUUAGCAUGGUUGGCGUGAACGGGAAAAAAUACCCCGAUAUCCGCAAUCACUUGGAAAAAAACAUCAAAAGCGUCUACAACAAUCUCGACGUCUCGUUCAACUCCUUCCCCGCCGAUGACGCCGUGGACCCGGACAGUUACAAAACCGCAAUCGACGCCCUCUCUCCCGGUGACGCAAUUACCAUCUUUACCCCGGACACAACGCACUUCCCCAUCGCGCUCUACGCAAUCCGGAAAGGGAUACACGUCCUCAUCACCAAGCCGGCGACGAAAACGCUGGAGGACCACCUCGCCCUCAUCGAGGAGGCCGAGAAGGCAAAGGUGUUCGUUUACGUGGAGCACCACAAACGCUUCGAUCCUGUGUACUCCGAUGCGAGGGCUAAAGCCAAGAAUCUCGGUGACUUUAAUUACUUUUACAGUUACAUGUCGCAGCCCAAGUCGCAGCUGGAGACCUUCAGGGCGUGGGCUGGGAAGGAGAGCGAUAUCUCGUACUAUCUGAAUUCGCAUCAUAUCGAUAUCAAUGAGAGCAUGGUUCCGGGAUACCGGCCUUUUAAAGUCACUGCCUCGGGGAGCACUGGUUGCGCAACGGGGUUGGGGUGUGUCGGAGGAACCGAAGACACAAUCACACUCUUGACAGAUUGGGUGAAGAAGGAUGACCCAUCGAAGACUGCCACAGGAGUAUACAUCGCAUGUUGGACUGCCCCUCAAAAGGCUGGCGUUCAUUCAAACCAAUACUUCCACUACAUGGCCUCCAAAGGCGAAAUCCGCGCCAACCAAUCUAAGCGUAGCUAUGAUGUGACAGACGACCAGGACGGCCUGACCUGGUAUAACCCAUUCUACAUGCGCUACGCGCCCGACGAGGAAGGGAACUUUGGCGGGCAGACCGGCUAUGGCUAUAUUUCAUUCGAGAAGUUUGUGGACGCGUGUGCAGCGCUGAACGAGGGUCGCAUCACACUUGCGGAGCUGGACAGGCGUGGCCUGUCCACGCUUAGGAAUACUGUUGUUACGGGGGCGAUAUUGCACGCGGGGAGGAUAAGUCUAGAUGAGAAGAGGAGCGUCGGGAUCGAGGAGGUUGAGGGGACAUUGAGACUUGUUUAGAUGAGGUGUGGGUUUGCAAUUGUCACUCACUCUAGUCUUGUCGUAAAUUAUUCUAUUUUUUAA